AUCAGCCACAUUGGUUUGAAUACCCCUGAUAUUGACUCUCUAUCCGCAUUCUAUCUGGCGGCUCUCUCUCUGUUGGGUUACAAGGAGAAGAUGUCAUUCAUGGAUGGCAAAUUGAAGAAGGAAACCGGGCCGUUGCACCUUGCGUUCACGGCACGAACGCACAACCAAGUCAGGGCCUUUCACAGUGCAGCCUUGAAGGCGGGUGGUACCUGCAACGGACCCCCAGGAUUGCGCGCUCAGUACUUCAUGACUUACUACGCCGCGUUCGUCGUCGAUCCAGAAGGACGAAACAUCGAAGCGGUUUGUAUGAAACCU